GAUGAAGCAAGUAAUUUUUUUAAAAAUGUUAUUCAUGCAAAUUCUGUAAGUGAUGCUGUACCACAAAAAGAACAUGGUGUUUAUACAACUUUUGUUAAUUUUGGUAAUACUAAAAUAGAACUUUUAUUUCCACUUGGUGAAAAAAGUCCAAUAAAAAAAUUUUUAGAAAAAAAUAAAUCAGGCGGAAUUCAUCAUAUUUGUAUUGAAGUUGAUAAUAUUGAAGAAGCAAUUAAAGAUAUUAAACAAAAAAAUAUUCGUACACUUAGUGAAAAAACUCAAAUUGGUGCUCACGGAAAACCAGUUAUAUUUCUUCAUCCAAGAGAUUGUGGAGGAAUUUUAAUCGAACUUGAACAAGUUUAA